CUACAUGUUCAUGUUUUGCUUCUUCCUUUUGUUGGAACAUUCGAUGAGUAAAAGAUGUGUGUUGAAAGAAUUCUUAACACGAUUUUGAAAUUCUUUCUUUUUGCAAGUUCUUGAGAAAUACUAUCAAAGACAAAUGACUCAGGCUAGGAAUUGAAAUUUAUUGCAACAUUUGAUUACAUGGACGAAAGCAAACAUAACAACGUGCAUGGAUCGAAUCAGAAUCUUAGUAUUACAGAACCUGCUAGAGAAAAGGUUCAUUACAGCAACAAGCUACGUACAUAUACGGGGACGCAUCACAAGCGUCCCCACGUCCAGCUACGCAAUCGCAGCCUUGAUGAUCGCGUAAUUCAUAAUAAUAGUUAUGGUUUACAAGAGGAUUUAUCCGACGAUGAAGGGUCCCAUUUGGUUAGCCAGAAGAUUGAAGGCAUUGGACUUGCAGCGAACGGUUCAGAUGACAGUAAUGAAUCGCCUUUACCGGAGUUUGAAGGAAGUGGUGGUGGAGUUGGAAGCUUUAAAGUCCCAGCUCGUGCCCCUCUGCAUCCUGCCCGUCCAACUUACCUUGAGCUCAGGCCACAUCCCCUCAAAGAAACUCAGGUUGGGAAAUUUUUGAGGACUAUUGCCUGUACAGAGACACAAUUAUGGGCAGGACAAGAAUCUGGGGUAAGAGUGUGGAACUUUUCGGAUCAAUAUGAGCCUGGGAUGGGAAUUGGAGGACGGGCAAGGAGAGGGGACGAGGAUGCAGCACCAUUUUAUGAGUCAGUUGAGACAUCACCCACGUUAUGCUUGAUGGUUGAUUAUGGGAAUGAGUUGAUCUGGAGUGGGCAUAAGGAUGGCAAGAUUAGGUCUUGGAGAAUGGAUCGGGCUAAUUCUGAUGACUCCCCUUUUAAGGAAGGCCUCUCUUGGCAGGCUCAUCGUGGUCCCGUUCUUUCAUUGGAAAUAUCUUCUUAUGGUGAUAUAUGGUCUGGAUUUGAAGGUGGUAUCAUAAAGGUUUGGCCGCGGGAAGCAGUACAGAAAUCUCUCUCCCUAUUACCAGAAGAAACGUACCUGGCUUCUUUACUUGUGGAAAAGUCAUUCGUUAACCUUAGAAGCCAAGUUACAGUUAAUGGUGCAUGUAACAUCUCAUCUUCUGAUGUGAAGUGCUUGCUAUCUGAUCAUGGAAGAGCAAAAGUGUGGGCAUCUGGAUCUUUAUCCUUCUCAUUAUGGGAUGCACGAACUAGGGAACUCCUGAAAGUGUAUAAUGUAGAUGGUCAGAUUGAGAAUGGGGUUGAUAUGCCAUCUGUGCCAGAACAAGCAGUGGAAGAUGAGAGUAAUAUCAAGGCUGUCUCCAAAUCUAAAAAAGAAAAGUCACAAGUAGUGGAAGAUGAGAGUAAUAUCAAGUCCGUCUCCAAAUCUAAAAAAGAAAAGUCAGUGGAAGAUGAGAGUAAUGUCAAGUCUGUCUCCAAAUCUAAAAAAGAAAAGCCAGUGGAAGAUGAGAGUAAUGUCAAGUAUGUCUCCAAAUCUAAAAAAGAGAAGUCAGUGGAAGAUGAGAGUAAUGUGAAGUCUGUCUCCAAAUCUAAAAAAGAAAAGUCGGUGGAAGAUGAGAGUAAUGUCAAGAUUGUCGCCAAAUCUAAAAAGGAAAAGUCACAAGGAGGUAACUUUUUCCAGCGUUCAUGCAAUGCUAUAUUAGGAGCUGCUGGUGCUGUACGUCGAGUUGCAACAAAGGGGUCAGGGGCAUUUGCAGAAGAUAGUAGGAAGACAGAGGCCCUUGUGCUUGCAUCUGAUGGAAUGAUUUGGAGUGGAUGUUCAAAUGGCUUACUUGUGCAGUGGGAUGGGAAUGGAAACCGUUUGCAAGAUUUCCAUCAUCAUCCUUGUGCUAUUCUAUCCUUAUGUGCUCAUGGUUCUCUAAUAUGGGUUGGCUAUGUAAGUGGUAUGGUACAGGUGCUGGAUCUUGAAGGGAACUUGCUAGCUGAUUGGGUUGCUCACAACGGGCCUGUAAUAAAAAUGUCAGUGGGGGGUGACUAUGUUUUUAGCUUGGCUAAUCACGGAGGAAUACGUGGAUGGACCCUUGCCACUCCAGGACCUAUUGAUAACAUAUUACUAUCAGAAAGAGCUGAGAAAAGAUAUUUAUACACCAGACAAGAAAAUUUUAGGAUUUUGGUUGGCACGUGGAAUGUUGGUGAAGGAAAAGCCUCACAGGAAGCACUGGAAACUUGGCUGGGUUCUGCCAUUUUGGAUGUUGCGAUUGUAGUAAUUGGGUUGCAAGAAGUAGAAAUGGGAGCAGGUUUUCUUGCAAUGUCUGCUGCAAAAGAAACUGUAGGACUAGAAGGAACUUCCAGUGGGCAAUGGUGGCAGGACGCAAUAGGGAAGACCUUGGACGAAGGAUCAACUUUCGAAAGGGUUGGAUCAAGGCAACUAGCUGGAUUGCUUAUUGCUAUCUGGGUGAGAAAAACUCUUAGAGCACAUGUCGGGGACCUUGAUGUUGCUGCAGUUGCAUGUGGUCUAGGACGUGCCAUUGGUAAUAAGGGUGGAGUCGGUCUGAGGCUAAGAGUAUUUGAUCGGAUCAUGUGCUUCGUGAACUGUCACUUUGCAGCACAUUUAGAAGCAGUCAAGCGCCGGAACGCUGAUUUUGACCAUAUAUAUAGAACAAUGGCUUUCACUCGAUCUUCUAACCUUCUUAACGAUGCUGCUGGUAUGCUGCGAUACCUGUUUUUGACUUGCUCUCUUGUCUUCUCCACAUAUUUACUGUGGCUGCUUUACUCUUCUGGCCUGCCAUGGAUCCUUUCUCUCUCUCUUGCAGCUGGUGUGUCGUCUGCUGCUCAAAUGCUUCGUGGUACAGAUGCUGCAGCAAUUAAUCCCCCCGAUGAGGGAAAGCCUGACCUUGCUGAAGCUGAUAUGGUGAUUUUCUGUGGGGAUCUUAAUUAUCGUCUUUUUGGAAUAUCUUAUGACGAAGCCAGGGACUUUGUCUCACAAAGAUGCUUUGAAUGGCUUAGAGAGAAAGAUCAACUAAGAGCAGAAAUGAAAGCUGGUAAAGUUUUCCAAGGGAUGCGUGAAGCAAUCAUCAGAUUUCCUCCAACUUACAAGUUUGAAAAGGGAAAACCAGGAUUAGGAGGUUAUGAUUCUGGAGAGAAGAAACGAAUUCCAGCUUGGUGUGACCGAGUGCUAUAUCGAGAUAGCCGGUCAGCGCCAUCUAUGGAAUGCAGUUUAGAGUGCCCGGUAGCUGCUUCCAUUUUACAGUACGAUGCUUGCAUGGAAGUGACAGACAGUGAUCACAAACCCGUGCGGUGCAAAUUUAAUAUUGAAGUUUCUCGUGUUGAUAGAUCAGUAAGGAGACAAGAGUUUGGGAAGAUAUUCCAGUAUAACGGUAAAAUCAGGUCUUUACUGGAAGAACUGCGUUAUAUACCUGAAGUAGCUGUCAGUACCAGCCAGAUAUUUCUUAAGAAUCAAGAAACAUUCAGCUUAAUAAUUACCAACAGAAGUAGACAAGAUAGUGUUUUUUUCCAAAUCACUUGCCAAGAUCAAUCAGCUAUCAACAAGGACGAGCAAACAUCAGAUUAUCAUCCCAGAGGUUCCUUUUGCUUUCCCCGUUGGCUUGAGGUCACACCUGCGUCUGGCAUGAUCAAAUCUGGUCAAGAUACCGAGAUCUUGGUACGUCAAGAAGAGUUGUGUAAUUCAGAAGAUACUGCUGAUGUUAGCAAAUGGUCCGAGGACACAAGAGAAGAAGAGGUGAUUUUAAUGAUCAAUAUGAAAGCCAGUCGCUCAAUGGAGGUAAGAACACAUCAAGUACACCUCCGCUGCAGUUUCUCAGCUAAUGCAGGAUUCAUGUUAUCAAGAAACAGUUCCAGCAGAAAUGAAGGCAGCUCCCAUCACAGGUCAAAUAGUACCAGAAGAAAUGAAGGGAGCUCCCAUCACAGGUCAAACGGUUCUAGAAGAAAUGAAGGGAGCUCCCUCAGGUCUGUUUUUCAACAGGAGAGUGCCUCUGACAUGAAGAAAUAUGAAUGACCAUCAAGUCUUUCAGGGUAACUGAUAUCUGCAUGAAAGCUUAUAAACCUAAACAAAACAAUAACACAAGAGGGUUUCAAGCCAAUGCUCGGAUGUAAAAUUUUGGGACAUGCAUGAUAGGUCUUGACGUAUAUACUCAUAGAUAAUUAUC